CGUGUACCCUUUGUCUCGCUCGUCUUUAUCCUUCUUCAUCCGACAAUUAUAUCCUUUGUCAAAUCGAUAAACGAUAUGCUAGAAAACUCUUAAUACAAACAGGAAUUGUUUGAUCUUUCGGUCUCUUCAAACAUCCUUUAUAUAGGAAUCACAAAAUGGGUUGCUUCGGCAGUAAAGAUAAGCUCAGCAAAGAGGACAUGGAUUUCCUCAAGUCGCACACGAGGUACGACGAGGCCACCAUAAAGGACUGGUACAAGGGAUUUAAACAAGAUUGCCCUAACGGUAGACUAACGCCAGCAAAAUUUGUUGAUAUGUAUAAAACAUUCUUCCCAUCCGGAAAUGCAGAGGAAUUCUGCGACCACGUGUUCCGGACAUUUGACAUGGACAAAAACGGGUACAUCGAUUUUAAGCAUAACGAGGAUUUAACGUAA